AUGCGCUCGUCCCUUAGCGAGUCGGACAACGAUACUGAUCUAACGCGGCCCACACCAGAAGAAGACAACAAGGACGAAGAAGACGAAGACGGCCGCGGAGCCGACACCAUUUUUGUCGACAAGAAGGCACUACGCGACCGGAUGGACAUUCGCAAACGCCCAUCCGAAGAAUACCCCACGGUGUCGUCUAUGAAGCAACAUUCAGCACGGCAGAGUCAAAAUCAAAAGCAGAAACAACGUGGCCGCGUUCGAGGCGACGACCUGGAUCUACGUGAGGAAGGCGACGAGGUGGCCGUCGCUCAACAAGAUCCGCAAGGCUUUCCACAGCGCUCCCAGCAGAAGCGGGGCCAUCACGGACACCGCUCUCGACGGAGUAGCGGUAGCCGCGGUGCGGGCGGCGGCAGCAGUAGCAGAGGACGCAGACACGAGAGUGUGAUUCCCGAAGAGGCCACCGAAGAGCUACAGGCCGAUGCCGACACAGAGAUGGACAAUGACGACUUUGACGACGACCGCCGCCGGCGACGCACACCUUCGAGACACACCCGGCGCUCAGCCUCCCGGAACACGACUGCUACGCACGAUGCCCGUCGCGACCUGUCACGAAGUAAGAGCCGUCUGCGGCAUGCCGACAGCGACGAGUUCAAUCCGCGAGCGUCAUCGAGACGGUGA